CGCCCGCCUCCCGCGUGAGCCGCGCGCUCUUUACACCAUAAAUGACCCAACAGGUGUCUGUGAUACAAAUUCAAAUAUCGAAAACAAAAAAAAAGAAACAAGAUUCGUUCCUUCUUUUUUCAAAUCCAAAUUUUUCUCACAUUUUCUUUUUUUUAUCAAGUACCGUUGUUGUGUUGCCGUUAACCGUGUGUAUUGUGCUGUGAGAUUCAAAGAUCGAAUGAACUGUUGUCGUGGAAAAAGGUUUUAGUUCGCAUCUCGCGUGUAUACUUUUUUUUUGACGUUUGUUUGACGUUUCUGGCUGUAUGGAAGAGGCUUCCUAAUGAGUGUUUAAGUGUCAGUGAAGUGUCAAAAUAGUGUCAAACUAGUGACAUGUGUUCUGUGUAGUUAAUAUGACGUGAGAGGACAUCAGCCAGCAUGUAUCGGCCGAAUUUCUAUGAGAGCACGUGCUUUAGAUGUAAUGAGAUUGUGUACCAAGUGGACCGAGUUGGCCCGCUGAAGGAUUUCACCUUCUUCCACAGUGGUUGUUUUAAAUGCGCUGUCUGUGGUACUAAGUUGACUUUGAAGACAUACUACAACAACCAGCACUGGACAGAAGACAAAGAGGUGUACUGCUCGAGCCACGUGCCGAAGAUCGGGCCAGGCCACCUGGAUAACUCCUCAGUGGGCAUCAGAAGCGCGCUGAACGUGCCCAAGAGUAAUAACUAUGUUAACGAGCAGAUCAGAGGAUUGGCGCGGAACAGUCAUGAUAAUGAAUUCUUGUCAGCAGUAUCCCCGACACGCACGACAAAUGGCGGCAGCGCGCACGCGUCGCCCGCGCGUGAGUUGUCGCGCGACACGCCCGACUAUCAGUACGGGCGGUUCGACGCGAGCGCACUCCACAUCGCGCAUGCGCUCAAACAGACGGAAUUGCAGAAGGCGUACCAUAGACCCAGGGAGAAGCCCAUUGAUUGUUAUUUGGAUCGCGAUGAACAAACCAAACUAGAAAUGAAACAUAGACAGGAAGAAGACGACUUGUACAGAAAAUUCUCCAAACAUCGUGAAGAAGAAAACAGAAGAAUACGAGAAGAAAUACAGGAUGAAUGGGAACGCGAACUAGAAAGGCUGACGAACAGAUUCCAACAAGAGAUGCAAGUAAAGAAAAGAAGACCAGACUCCGAGAUCGGUGCCCUCACGUUACGUCACCAGCAGGAGAGAGCAGACUUGGAGAAGAAUAUGACGCUAAGGAGGGACAAGAAGAAGGAGAGCUUGACUAGGAAGAUGUUGGAACAUGAGAGGGCAGCGACAGCAGCUUUAGUAGAAAAGCAAAGUCACGAGAUGAUGGAGCUCAUACAGGAGCGUCGGUCGGAGUACAUGGCAGCUUCCUCACUCUUCGUGGACGGGGAAGAAGCCCCGCCCUACCCCGCCCGCGCGCCACCCCCUCAACCACCGCUCGUCUCCAAGUUCCACAUCUACACAGACCCCGCCGAAUUCGCUGAUGUUGAUAAAAUAGCUAUUUCGGUGGCACAAGAAGACCAAAAAACCUUUACGGAUCUAGUCCGACAGCUAGUAGGUAGAUGCGCAAGCGACGUUGAGAAGGCGAGGACCAUAUUUCGCUGGAUCACCGUCAAGAACCUGAACAACAUUCAGUUUGACGACAACUUGAGAGGAGAUUCUCCUUUAGGUCUGCUUAGAGGCAUCAAACAUGGAACUGAAAGUUACCACGUACUGUUUAAGAGAUUGUGCAGCUACGCGGGUCUUCACUGCGUAGUAAUCAAAGGGUACAGCAAAUCCGCGGGCUACCAACCAGGAGUCCGCUUCGAAGACAACAGGUUCCGUAACUCCUGGAACGCAGUGUUCGUGGCGGGCGCGUGGCGCUUCGUGCAGUGUAAUUGGGGAGCCAGACAUCUGGUCAAUGCUAAGGAUGCGCCGAAGCCCGGCAAUAGAGGGAAGAGUGAUAGCUUGAGGACUUCCUCCAAAAAUUCCAACUACUGUCCCAGGUACGAGUACGAUGACCACUACUUCCUGACGGACCCUCGGGAGUUCAUCUACGAGUUCUUCCCGCUACAGCCUGACUGGCAGCUGCUGAAGACGCCCAUCACCUUGCAUGACUUCGAGGAACUGCCCUUCGUGAGAUCGCUGUUCUUUAGAUAUGGGCUGUACUUCAGUGAUCCGAAUACGAAGGCUGUUAUGUUUACUGAUUCGACUGGUGCGGCGACUAUGCGCAUAGCCAUGCCGGCACACAUGCAGAGCUCGCUGAUCUUCCACUACAACCUCAAGUUCUACGACACCGAGGGAGACGGCUUCGACGGCGUCAGUCUCAAGAGAUUUGUUAUGCAGUCGGUGGUGGGUAACGUGGUGUCGUUCCGCGUGCACGCGCCGUGCAGCGGUGCGUUCCUGCUGGACAUCUUCGCCAACGCCGUCACGCCGCGCGAGUACCUCACCGGCGAGCCCAUGAAGUUCAAGAGUGUCUGCAAGUUUAAGAUAUGUUGCGCAGAGCUACAGACAGUGAUGGUGCCGCUGCCGGACUGCGCGAGCGGCGAGUGGGGACCCACCAAGGCUACACGACUCUUCGGACUCGUACCUAUCACGCAUCAGGAGGCGUUAGUAUUCGCGGGUCGUGAACUAGAAAUCCAGUUCCGCAUGUCGCGGCCGCUCGCGGACUUCAUGGCCACGCUGCACAAGAACGGCGUCGACGAGAAGCGCCUCUCUAAAUACGUGCAGCAAAACGUGUCCGAUGAUAUAGUGUCUUUCUAUAUCACUUUCCCUGAAGAAGGACAGUACGGUCUCGACAUCUACACGCGCGAGCGCGGCGGCCCCACAGCUAUCCACCAAAACGGCUCCACGGAGAAGGAGAAGCACCUCCUCACGCACUGCUGCAAGUACCUCAUCAACAGCAGCAAGAGGAACUAGAGUACAUACACAUACAUACCUGGUGCUUGCUGGUGUGCCACAACGAACCUCCUCGGUUAUUUGACCUGUUUUAUUUUUAUAACGCUCUCUGGACUGUUCGAAAUUCGAUAUUUGAAUUUGGAAUAACAGUAAUAAAAACUCCAUUUAUGGUUGGUA